UGCCCCUUAUUUCUAACUGAUCAAUAUGAUGAGCUCAGCUGCACCAUUUGCCUACCAAAUCAAGUAAAAAGACAUCAUUUUAAGAAGCCGCUGUCACCUUUGCCUGCAGUUCUCUGCUAUUUGUCUCCAGUCAUCAUCACCACGUGUAGCGCCCGAAGUGUCCUUUCCGUCCUUCGCAGGUUCAGCAAUCCCUGUGGCCAUCAGAAACGCACAAGGAAGGAGCUUGGACAUCCUGGUUCUCCUGCUCAUUCCACUCUGGUGCUCCGAGUCUCGGUACUUGGGUAGCUCAGACUCUGGGAGACACAUUUUGCAGGAACGUGCCCUGGAAGCAGGCACUCCCAUCCCAAGUGAUGCUCUUAGGAAAGGAACCAAGCACCUCCUUUCUGGAUAAAAGAGAAAUGCUGACCGUUGUUAAAUGUUAAUGUGUGGUGGUUUUGCUCGGCACAGGGAAACUGCCUCUUGGAAAGCCAUCGGCAAUUUUCCACUUAAGCAGGAGAUUUGGGGUGUGCUUGGGGGAGUUGUGAAAGCCUCAUCCCGGUUGUUUUGCACCAAAAAGCUGGUCUGACACGAGGCGUCAGGGCAAAAGAUGCAGCUCCAGACAAACUGCAAAAUCAUUAAGAACAGGGAGAAAGGUGGGAGGAGGGAAGAACAUGACUACAUCCCUGUAAAACAGAGUUUUCCUGAUGCCAUAAAGAUAUAAGAGUCCACUUACUCACUGAGACCUGUUCCAAUGCUCUUGCUCUUUUAUUCUCUUCUGCAUUGCAAAGCGUAUUUCUGGGUGGAGUCAACAAUUUGGCAAAAAUCUGUUAACCGCACCAAGCUGAUGAAGACAGUAAAUUUGUUUCCUCUUCACGCCCUUGCAGACCCAGCCCACCUCCAGGAACAGAUAAAAGGGAAUGCCUGGAGCUGUGGAGCCAGAGAAGACUGUGCACACUUCUCUCCGCGCUCAUCCCGCAGCAGCACAGCUCCCUUGGUCCUUCUGCUCUCCUCGACUCCGCUUGGAAGAACCGGCCAUGUCUCGGCAGUCAACCUGCAGAAGCUUCGGAGGCGGAAGCAAAAGGGGAUUCAGCUCUUGCUCUGCCAUCGGUGGUGGCUUUGGAGGAUGUGGGGGCAGAAGCAGGAUCAGCUAUAGCUCGUUCUCCACAUCCAGGGGAUUUGGAGGCAAUGGACGUUGUGCAGGUUUUAGCAGCAGGAGCCUCCAUAACAUGGGUGGCAACGGAAGGAUUUCCAUGGGUGGCUCUUUUGGCGGUGGAUAUGGAUGUAGAAUUGGUGGCUUUGGUGGAGGCUUUGGAGGAGGAUUUGGCGGCAUUGGAGGAGGUAUCAUUGGUGGAGGAAUAGGUGGCUUUGGUGGUCCUGUGAGAGGUGGUCCUGGGUUCCCUGGAGGCAUCCAACCGGUGCAGGUUGACCCAACCCUCCUGCGGCCGGUCCAUGUUGAUAUUGACCCUCAGAUCCAACAAGUGAAGUGCCAGGAGAAGGAGCAGAUCAAGACUCUUAACAAUCAGUUUGCCUCUUUCAUUGACAAGGUCCGCUUCCUGGAGCAACAGAACAAGGUCCUAGCCACCAAAUGGGAGCUGCUCCAGCAGCAAGGGCCAAUGGGCCCAAGGAAGAACCUUGAUGUCAUCUUUGAAAACUACAUCCAGAACCUGAGGAGGAGGCUGGAGUCUCUUCUGGGACAGAGGGGGCAGCUCGAGGCGGAGCUGCAGAGCAUGCGGCAAUACGUGGAGGAGUACAAGACCAAGUAUGAAGAAGAAAUCAAUAGGCGUACUGCUGCUGAGAAUGAGUUCGUGGUGCUCAAGAAGGAUGUGGACUGUGCCUACAUGACUAAAGUAGAGUUGGAAGCCAAGGUGGGAGCUCUGACAGAUGAAAUCAGCUUCUUGAGGUGCAUCUAUGAGGAGGAGCUGGCUCAGAUGCAGACCAUCAGCCGGGACCUGUCUGUGGUGGUGUCCAUGGACAACAACCGGCACCUGGACCUGGACAGCAUCAUCGAGGAGGUCAGACGCCAGUACGAACAGAUCGCCCAGAACAGCAGAGCUGAAGCCGAGGCUUGGUACCAGAGCAGGUAUGAAGAGCUGCAGAACACUGCUGGAAGGCACGGGGACAGCCUCCGCAACACCAAGAUUGAGAUCCAGGAGCUGACCAGGAACGUGCAGAGGCUGCGGGCUGAGAUUGAGAACGUCAAGAAGCAGAACCAUCAGCUGCAGUCAGCAAUUGCUGAGGCCGAGGAGCGGGGUGAGAUGGCCCUGAAGGAUGCCAGGAGGAAACUGGAAGAGCUGGAAUGUGCCCUGAGCAAAGACAAGGAGGAGCUGGCUCGCUUGUUGAAGGAGUACCAGGAGCUGCUCAACAUCAAGAUUGCCUUGGACGUUGAGAUUGCCAUGUACAGGAAGCUGCUGGAGGGAGAGGAGAACAGGCUCUGUUUCGAUAACCCAUCCAACGUCAAUGUCUCUGUGGUAGGCAAAGGCUCCGUGGUCGGAGGCAGACCCUGCGGCUUUGGCCCCAGCAACGGCUUGGGAGGAGGAGUGUGCGUGGUCGGAGCACCCAACAUCAUCGGAGGCAACUGUGGCUUGGGAGGAGCGAUCCUCACCAGCGGCUUCUCCUCUGGAAGCGGGAGGAUUUGCAACCCUGGAGGUGGCAACUUCAUGCCCGGGGCUGGAUCCUCCUCGGUGCGGAGAUGCGUCACCACCACGACAGUCAAAUCCUCGGGUGUAAAAUACUGAGCCCUGCCCUCAGCCCCACCAAGGAGAGCAGCGCCGUCCCCUCCCUCCAGCCCGCAGCACAGCCCCUGCCACCCUCACCGGUGCCCAGCAACGAAAUGAACUGUUCCCCCUAUAGCUCAGAAGUCACCCUGCCCAAGGAGGGGGGGUCUGCAGUGGAACCCAGCUCCUCUUGGAGCCCCACCAGCUCCAGGGGUGGAAGAUCUCCCCUGUGCGUUCCAGCGCCCGUCUGAGCAUCCCUCGCUGCGCUUCUUGCUGCUGCCCCCCCGGCUGCUGCUGUGGCUGAGGAGGAGCGUGUCGAAAAGGGCUCUUUCCUGUCACUUUUCAAGGUCUCUUUUUCAAUGGCCGCGUGUCCCCUGCGCCUCCGCGUGUCCUGCAUGUCACCCACAUGCUUGUUUCAGCUCUAUCAGGCACUCAUGUAAGCAGAAGAAACGUGAUAAUGUCUCAUAGUCAGAGUUGGGAGUGAGAAACAGGUCUCUGAGACGUCCACCUCCCCUUGGUGGAGUAAUUUGGCAGCUUUAAUGUUUUAUAGAUCCCUUUCCCUCUUCUUCACACCUGACGUAUGCAUGGCCUUAUUGCAGCCCUUCUGUUGCGUGAACCCUGCUGCAUGGCUGCUUCCUACCAGCACCCCUCUCCUCCGAGUUCUUCAUUACCAAUAAACUGCAGACAGAUGAAAAGAUCUCUUUGUGUUGUCUCAUCACUUAAUGGUCC